GACAUGAGAGACAUCAACAAGUGGUCGGAAGAAAAUAAAACAUCUAUAAUACAAUAUUACGGCGAGGAUUACUUUAGAAAAACUGUUUCGGAUUUGGUAGACGUUAUGCUAAGAUUGAACGAAAAGCAAAAUGGUGAUCUGUGCAAACAGGUUUUAUCGAAAAUAAAAUGUCCAACGUUGAUUAUUCAUGGAGGUAAAGAUGUGAUGGUUUUACCGGAACAUGUGACAUAUCUGAAGCAAAAUAUUGCCAAUUCAAGAAUGCAUAUUAUGGAGAAAGGCGGAUAUAAUCCUCAUUUGAAAUAUUUUAAAGAAUUCAAUUAUUUGGUGACAAAUUUUCAUCCUUAAU